AUGGAGGCAGUGCUCAUCUUCCUGUGCUCCCUCCUGGUGCCAGCAGCCCUGGCAGACGUGGCCAACCAAGAGAAGGAGGAGGACCCCUUUAACUAUGAUUACCAGAGCCUGAGGAUCGGGGGGCUGGCGUUUGCCGUGGUCCUGUUCACUGUGGGCAUUCUUCUUAUACUCAGCAGGAGGUGCAGGUGCAGUUUCAACCAGAAGCCCGGAGCUCCGGGGGACGAGGAGGCUCAGGCUGAGAACCUGAUCACCUCGAACGGUAAGACCCAGAGACCUGAGGACAGCUACUCGGACCGCAGAUGCCGUGGUGGCGGAGAAGCCCGUGAAAUCCCCCGGCACGGUGACACUGUGAAAGAGGGCGGCUGCGUGGCGGUGACCCUGCCAACCAGCACAAACCAGCUCCUCACCAACGCUCUGCCUGCCCACGAGAUGCAG